AUCAAUAUUCUCUUUUUCUUGCCACUACUUCCUCAAAAGCUAUUUUUGCAUAAGUCACGAAGUUAACUCACGUCUGUAACCAUUUGGUAUUCUAUUCAUGGUUCGGAGCGGAGUCGGAUCCAACAUGUUCAGUGGAAGUUCAAUGUCUCCCAUUUUGGCGGGAUUUCUCGUCGUGUGCUGCGUUUUGGGGUCGUCUGCUAAUCGGAAUGUGUACCGCAAGGUCGGGCCUUACAAGUGGAAGCUGAACGGGUGGAACAAGGAGCCGGGGUUCAAAGCUAGAAUUUCGCAGAAAGGCCUCGACUUUUUGAGAGAUGUCGGGAUUCAGAUGCUACAAAAACAGAUUCAGCAGCUCACUAUUCCUGACAUCCACGGCAGUGCUGACAUUGGUAUCGGUGACGUCAAAUAUGACGUCACGAAUAUUCGCAUAACGACGUUCUCCAUCCCGACCGCUUCACUGACUCCCGACCCGGCAGCUGGGGGCCUGACUCUCAAGACGAGUGGGAUAAACCUCAAGGUGCAUGGGGACUGGCACUACAAAAUAGGUGGCUUUAUCCCAAUAUCUGACUCUGGGAACUUUGACGCGAGUGCCUCGUCUAUCUCCCUCGCUGUGACGCUGAGGAUAGGAGUUGAUGCCACUGGUCGACCUAACAUCUCGUCCAAGGCUUUGGACUGUUCCUUCAACAUCGGCGGUCUUGAUGUUGAUCUACACGGUGGAGCAAGCUGGCUAUACAACCUGUUUGACGACAAAAUAGGAGACGCCAUCAAAGAUUCUCUCAAUGGCCAGAUCUGUGAUACAGUUAUCGAUGAAGUCAAUGGCAGUUUGGAAGACGAACUAAAGGACUUGCAAGUGAUUGCCCCGGUAGGAGAUGUCGUCGAAAUUGACUAUUCCUUGGUAGAGAGUCCUUCCUUCAAUGGUUCCAUCAACACUGCUCACAAGGGUGAGGUGUACCCGAUAGGAAACACGACCGAAUGUCCACUGCCGGUUCCACAGAUUCCACCCGACUCGGAUAUUUCUCGAAUGGUGUUCAUCUGGAUAACCGAAUAUCUGCCCAACUCAGCCGGUUACGCGCUUCAGAACGUCGGUUUCCUACAGUACAACGUGACCCCUGAAAAUGUCCCUGCUGAAGAGAAGAAUUACUUGAACACAUCCAACUUUGCCUUGGACCUCCUCAUCCCACAGAUCAACAAGAUGUACCCGAACAUGGCAAUGCAGAUCAAUGUGAACAGCACUAAGGCUCCCGUUGUCAAAGUAGCGUCUACCGGGGUUCAGGCCGUCUUGGUCGGGGACUUCAUCCCGUACGCAAUCUUACCCAACAAGACCCUGGCCUACCUGUUCACACUCAGCGUGACCAUAUCGGCCAAGGUGUCUGUGAACUUCACCGGGAACAACAUAACAUGGAACAUAUCGUCAUUCAGCACCACCAUGAAAGCAGUCCACUCAGCAGUGGGACCAUUUUUUACAUCUGCCCUUCAGCUUGCAGUCAACACAGCAAUCAAAGUUGACCUGAUCCCCGAUCUUAACAAGCUUGGUGCUGUGGGAGCUCCCCUGCCGCAGCUUGAUGGUUUUAACUUCACCAAGCCUGUCGUCUCCCUGGGAGAGGGAUUUUUGAAGAUCGGGACGGACCUGACCUAUACACCAUGACGCUCCAGUCAGUAUCCCGACCUGUGCAACUUGCAUCUAAAAGUCGUACAUGUAUAGUGUACUUAUGGCUUCUGGUAACAGGCGGGUUAAACACGGCAAA